AGGUGGGGUUUCCGGCGCGGCUAGGACCCAGCUUCCGGCGUCCGUCGGGAAGCUGCGGGGAUUUUUAUCCCGACUGAGAGGAACCUGCUGCUAGUGUGGCUGGCUGGUUUUGCCAUUAGUGGGGGCCUUGCCUGAGGACGGCGUACAGAGUGUGGGGAAUGAAGGAUGGCAGCACGCCGUGCAUUAAAAGCUGUUUUGGUAGAUCUCAGUGGCACACUUCACAUUGAAGAUGCAGCUGUGCCAGGCGCACAGGAAGCUCUUAAAAGGCAAGCUAUCCUCCAGGUUCAGCUGACAAAUAUGUUUGUUACGUGGUGCUUCUGUAAUCAUUAGGUUUGUGACUAAUACGACCAAAGAGAGCAAGCAAGACCUGUUGGAAAGGUUGAGAAAACUGGAAUUUGAUAUCUCUGAAAAUGAAAUAUUCACAUCUCUGACUGCAGCCAGAAGUUUACUAGAGCAGAAACAAGUCAGACCCAUGCUGCUAGUUGAUGAUCGGGCACUAUCUGAUUUCAAAGGCAUACAAACAAGUGAUCCUAAUGCUGUGGUCAUAGGAUUGGCACCAGAACAGUUUCAUUAUCAAAUUCUGAAUCAAGCAUUCCGGUUACUCCUGGAUGGAGCACCUCUGAUAGCAAUCCACAAAGCCAGGUAUUACAAGAGGAAAGAUGGCUUAGCCCUGGGGCCUGGACCAUUUGUGACUGCUUUAGAGUAUGCCACAGAUACCAAAGCCACAGUCGUAGGGAAACCAGAGAAGACGUUCUUUUUGGAAGCAUUGCGAGGCACUGGCUGUGAACCUGAGGAGGCUGUCAUGAUAGGAGAUGAUUGCAGGGAUGAUGUUGGUGGGGCUCAGGAUGUUGGCAUGCUGGGCAUCUUAGUAAAGACUGGGAAAUACCGAGCAUCAGAUGAAGAAAAAAUUAAUCCACCUCCUUACUUAACUUGUGAGAGUUUCCCUCAUGCUGUGGACCACAUUCUGCAGCACCUGUUGUGAAGCAAUGUGUGCGUCUGAAGCAACUUGAAACGCAGCUUCUUACCGUCUGGAAUGAAUCCCUGACCAACUCAGUGCCAGCAUCGGUAGACACACACCAGUCAGUGCUGAUCGCUUUUUAACCCUCUUUUGUUGUGCAUUAAUUAGAAAGAAAGGUAUUGAAUUGCGGCCAGCCAGUAAGCCUUGCAAAUCUCUUUUAUUUUGUAACUGAAGAUGAGACCCAAAGAAAGGGAAAGCUGAGAUUUUGUGCCAUUCCUUUUAAAAUAUUCAUCAGGUUAGACAGGGCUGGGAGGGAGAAGCUACCACAGGGAAGAGUGUUCUCUGCUGUCUCCUCACUGGAAAACAGGGAGGGGGGAUUUCAGACUGUGAAGAAAGUUGAAUGGUGGUUUUUAAAUUAUAAGGUAAUGUAUUAAAAGGUGCAUUAGGCUGUAGUUCUAGUAUUGAGUUCAACUGUGAAAUCCAUCAGAUGUGCCAAAUGGAGAAGAUAGAAAGUAACAAAGAGAUUUGUCCUUUAGCCCAAGUGAUACAGUGAAUUUGCUUUAAUAGAUGUUGAAAACUAAAUUUUCUACUGUAUUCCCAGCAUGGGUGACUUCUUUUUCUCUUCAUUAGCCAGAGAUGACUAAUUUAAAUUUAGAACCAGAUUUUAAUUUAAAAUAAUACUUCCAUUAAUAACCUAUUCAUUGCAGAUACCUAUUAUACUGUGUAACAGUUGUUUUGGAAAUUUUAUGUAAAAUUAAAACUAUCAGUAUUUUACAGAUGUUUUAAUUAGACAUUGUUAUUAACAGGAACAGUGCAGAAACUAGAAUCAAGCCUUGUAAUGUCUUAUAGACCAUGCAUUUUUGAAGUUAGUGUCCACUAGGGUCCUAUUAACUGUACAUUUGCAAGAUUUCAUUAUUUUUGCCUCUGACACUAUGGGAAAAAUUUUUUAGAAGCUACUGGGACAGAUUCAAGCUUUUAUGUACUUGGUUACUACAGCUGUAAAAUGAAAUCUCGUCUUGUAGCAUGGAUUAUUCUUCUCAUGUUAAACCCACCAAAAUGAAGGGGACUAAAUAGGUAAUGAUUUUCCUAGUGCAUUUGCAUACUGUGACAAUCCUGGGUCUUGCAAUAGUUUUACAGGGCUCUUGGGCAUUGAAUUAUUAGGAUGUAAUUGUACAUCAUUGUAGUGUUCACCUUAUUGAAGCUCUGAUGUUAAUGAGCUUCGGGUUUUGAUGCUUGUUUAGAGAUCAGCAGUCUUGGAUGGGAGGGAACAAAGCUAAAUAAAUAGUAGUUUGGUGA